AUGUUGUUUGUCACAACAAUUCCUGACAAGAAUGAAACAAGAUUAACCCUUUUAGUCCCAAUAGUGUCUAACGUCAAUUCUCUCUUAACGAUAUCCAUACAAUGUCAAGAGAUUAGGUUAUGAGAAGUAAUAAAAUGAUCACCUAAGAGAAAAUGCCUUGAUCUUUUAUCAAAUUCUCUCAACUCAUUCUUAAAGGAAAUGUGAAGAGAUCGGUCUGGAGAAUUUGUAUGUGGAUACUGGGGCUUAAAGGGUCAAGGCUGACCUGAAACGUACCCCAGGUGCAAAGCAAUUAAAACGAUCACUACUUGAAUCAAUUUUAUAUAAUCAAUUUAUUAUGCAAUCAGUCAUCAUUCAGCAGUACUUUAAUUUCCAGGAUGUACUAUAAUUUUCCAUCGAGCACACGCGUCCACGUGAUGACCACGAAUAUCCGACGCAACGAGAACUUCAACAAAACAAUAGGUUUAAUAACGAAAACAACAACUUUGUACGUGAUCACGCUUUUAUUUUUGCAUUUCUUUGCCAUUUUUGCACGACUACGACGUGAAGAUGCCUAAUUUUGCGUUUUAUGGAUAAAGGAAAAUAAGCAACGACGAAAUUUCUUCUUCUUUUCGCUCUUGAACUUGGAUAUGGUCCCUUGGAAUUCAACUCCAUUUGCGUUCGCCUACAUUUGACAAAGUAAGUAGAUAGGAAUAAAUCAUGCAAAGAAAUACUGAAUAUCCACAGCAGGCUCGCGUUAAGGCAGCAAUUGUAAGCCUAAGUAAAUGCGCGAGAGCAUAAACUUGCUUUCAAACACGAUUUACAUGUUUGAAGUUAAUUUAUUCGUCCAUAGCGCUGAACGGCGGCUCGAUCAAAGAAGCAGGCGGAUGCUCGCAGUGGUUUCUCUCCCUUCGUAGCGUAGCGUCCGGCCUGGAGAAACCACUGCUCGCAGGGUAAUAAGCUUUCUUUUACAAAUUUUUUAAAAACUGGUUUUUCGUCAAUAUUUUUUUUGUCAUUUAAUAAUCAAUUGGAGGGGAAUUAGUUUCAUAUUUGUUCUCGACUGUAUAUUGUGUUUUUAUCACCGAUUAUUGUUUUUGGUUAAUUUGGCGGCCAUUGUCAGUUUAUCAGUUUUAUUAAUACUGCGAUGUUACCCUGAUUUAAGUAAAUAAAUUUGAUAUAAUUAUUUAUUAAAUAGAGUCUCACUGUUUCCACCACUUCUAUUUAUGCUCAACUAGAUUUUAUUCACCUGCGCCGGAAAUUAUACAUGCAGUCUUUUGCCCAAUUCACACCAACUAGACAUGUUUAAUUAAACUGGUUUUAAAAAAUCAAAUACACAUUGCUAAAAGGUAGAAAAGAACAGUUCCCGCAGACUUUUAGGCAGAAUUCGAAUUAACUUUAAGGCGUUAUGUAUUUGCACAAAAUUUGCAAUCGAUAAAAGUACAGUAUUAGAAGCGUCUACAAAGAAAACAAAUUUCAACUGUGUUUAACUUAACAGCCUUUAGAUAUUUUAAACCUUUGGUGUGAAUGCAGCUUUUGUUACCAACUUUGUCCGGUUUGUCAUGUCCGAAACAUAGUUAAGAUUUCGUUGGUCAUGAUGGGCCAAUAUUAUCAGACAUUAUCCGAACGCCGACCGCGGAUAUUUGAAGCGCUGGAACGCCAAAUAAAGUUCGUCCUAAUUGACUUGGGCAUUACUGUUCGUAAAGGAAUGCCACCAAAUUUGUGCAGUGACACUGAGAUAACAGCAUUUACAGCCCUCAAGCCUGUAAGCGCGGAAGAGAAAAGAGAAACAGCCGAGCACUGA